CUGAAGCCCCGCCCCCGCGUUCAGACCGCAGACUGCUUGUGGACCGGGAGCCAACAAACCUUGGCGGAUUCCGGCAGAUAUCGAUCAGCGAUCGGUGAUUGAUUAGUCCUCUUGGACUUUUGGGGAUGUCCCGCUUGUUGGAGGGAAAGAAGGCGGACAAGAUGAAAGACAUGAACGCAAAGAACAAGGAGAAGGAGCGUCAGAAGGAGCGAGAGAAGGAGGCUCGUUCCAGCAAAGGUCAUCUCUUCACUUCGCUCACUGUCUCGUCCACCACCUUGUGUUCCUCCUGUAACAGAAGCAUCACCGCCAAGGAGGCGCUCAGCUGCCCUGCAUGUAACGUCACCAUCCACAACCGCUGCAGGGACAGUCUGGCCAGCUGUGCCAAGAUGAAGCAGAAGCAACAGAAGCUGGCGAUGGCGAGGAACAGUUCUGCUCUUCAGAACGUUGCGCUGCGGAACAAAACACCGACGGUGAAGGAGCGUCCCAGCUCGGCCAUCUACCCCUCAGACAGUCUUCGCCAGUCUCUGCUGGGAUCACGCCGCGUUCGCUCGGGUCUCUCGCUCGCCAAGAGCGUCUCCACCAAUAACCUCGCCAAGGCGAGUGAGGACUCUGUGGGUCUCCGGAGGAUUUUGUCUCAUUCAACCGAGUCUCUGAACUUCAGGAGCAGGACUUUGUCCAUGGAGUCUCUCACUGACGACGGAGAGUGGUUUUGGAGUCCCCUGCUGGAGCAGCUGCAGGUGGAGGGUCGCAGUGUCCAGGCUGACAGUUGGAGUCUGGUGGUGGAACCCAAGUUCCUGCAGACGCUCCACAAAGACGUCAUGAAGCAACAGGACGUCAUUUACGAGUUGAUCCAGACCGAGUUUCACCACGUGCGGACGUUACGGAUCAUGGAGGGCGUGUACAGGCGGGGGAUGCUGGAGGAGGUGAUGCUGGAGGCGGGCGUGGUCCACACCAUCUUCCCCUGUCUGGACCAGCUGCUGGAGCUACACUCCGCCUUCCUGGCGCAGCUUCUGGACAUGAGGAAGCGCGGCGAGGUGGAGGGAAGCUCCACCAACUUCAUCGUGCCCAACAUAGGAGAGCUGCUGCUUGCACAGUUCUCAGGUCAGUGUGCAGCAGACAUGAAGAAGGUCUAUUCGGAGUUCUGCAGUCGUCAUCCCAAAGCGGUGAAGCUCUACAAAGAAGUUCUGCUGCGGGACAGAAGGCUGCAGCAGUUCAUCAGGCGUGCCUGUCGGGGUCCUCUGCUGCGUCGCCAUGGCGUCCAGGAGUGCAUCCUGCUGGUCACCCAGAGGAUCACCAAAUAUCCCGUUCUUCUUCAGCGGCUCCUGGACAACACCAAAGGCAAUCAAGAGGAGGCGCAAACGCUGAGCCAAGCUCUACUCCUCCUCAAGGACCUCAUCAGCUCGGUGGAUCGGGAGGUUCUGGAGCUGGAUCGGACCAGGAGGCUGCAGGAGAUCCAAGCCCGCCUGGACCACCGGUCUCAGGCCGAGGUCCGGGGCGGAGGCGUGUUCCGUGGAGGAGAGCUGCAGCGAAGGAGGCUUCUCCAUGAUGGAAUGCUGCUCUGGAAGGUCCAGGGCUCCAGGAUGAAAGAUGUUCGGGUGCUGUUGAUGUCGGACAUCUUGGUUUUCCUUCAAGACAAAGACCAAAAGUUCACGUUUGCGUCCUUCGACAAGUCUCCUGUGGUGUCUCUGAACAAGCUGAUCGUCAGAGAUAUAGCCAAUCAGGAGCGAGGGAUGUACCUGAUCAGUGACUCCACCCCCCCGGAAAUGUACGAGCUCCACGCUUCCUCCAAAGACGACCGCCGCACGUGGAUGACCAGAAUCCAGCAGGCCACACUCAGUUGUCCGUCCAGAGAAGACUUCCCUCUGAUCGAAACCGAGGACAAAGCUCUCCUGCGACGUCUGAAAGCCGACAUCCUGCAGAAGGACCGUGAGGUGCUGGAGCUCCUGCAGGAGCGCGUCACUCUGUUCGCCGAGCUGGCGGAGGCGACAGGAAGAGGCGGGGCAGGAGACGGCGGCACGUCCUCGCGUCCCUCCAACCGGAACCUGUUUCGGACGGACGCCGCUCACGCUCCUCCCUCCGAGCCGCUGCUCACCGCCGCUAUUUCCGAAGUGGACAAACUGAGCCACCUGUUGGCCGGGUCCAGCAUCACCAAAGCGCCGGUCGCUAACGGCAACCAAGAGCUAAGCAACGGCGAAACAUCGUCACUCAACGGUUCUGUGGACCUAAACAUCAACUCUUCUAAGGACUCAAACGGAAACCAGGUUCAGGAGAGGACACUAAAAGAGGAAGUGUGUCAGCGUCUGGUCAGUCUGAGCACGCAACUUCACGCCCUGCAGGCGGCGGUGAUCCGUCAGGACUCCACGCUGGAGCUGUUUGUCCGGGCGAGCCCGGCCGCGGGCUCGACCACAGGCCCGACCACCGGACCCCGUCUUUGUCGCUCCGUGUCGCGGGACACGGGGCUGGACGGCGGCGGCGAAGUGGCGCGCUUGAUGCAGCAGGUGGAGCUUCUACAGGAAGAAGUGACGCGGCUGCGUCUCAAGGAGGAAGCACCCCCGAAGGAGGAAGCGGAGCCGGGCAACAGGAGGAGGAGCAACGGCUGUGACGUCGUCAAAGGGGAACAGCUGAGGAGGAGGCGGGGCAGCAGAGAGCAGGAGCCACACCCCCUCGCCCCAUUGGCCACUCAUGACCCGGUCGACCAAUUAGACGGCCUUCAGGAAGCAGACGGUGAAGAUGUGGUGAAGAUCUCUCCUCGCGCUGACAGUCCCAGAGACCUGCAGGACAUUCCGGAAGAAAGCGAGUGCGGAGCAGAUCCCAGUUAAUGUCUCACUGUGACGUCACCGUGAUGUCACCGCUGUCCUGAUGUCAUUUCCUGCUUCGGAAAAAAAGGGGUCUGCGACUUCAAACAGGAAGUGUGUCACCGGAGUGGGCGGAGCUAACGACUGGGUCCAAACGCCACUAAACAGAGAUUUUGGACAGGUGACUACAUGACCCACAACGCGGACACUACUUAUUUAUUUAGUCAGUGUGGUUUGUAGGAAGUACAUUUCGUGCAUGAAGUCCACGAAACGGUGGUGCUGAUUAAUUCAUAGAAUAGCGGAAAGAAAGUAACGCUAACGAGGACACAGAAGGCGGGAGAUGGUUCACGUCCUCUUCAAGAACCGCAUGGACGAGUCACAUGACGCCACUUGAAGGCAAAAUGUCUCUUUAAGUGUCGUCUUCAUCAAGCUGGAACCUUUUUUUGUUUUGUUUGUUUUUUUUGUUCUCAGGAGAAAUGUGUACAUGUUUUUUAAGUCUUGAUAAAAGUUCACCGAACUGCUG